ACCUGAAUCAGUCGUGGCUUUACCGCCGUGGAUCGCGCACGCGUUCCUCUCUUCUCUCACAAGGACGAAUAAGCGUUUUACCUUUUCGGUUAAAACAGGAGAAUUAUCAAAUUCCGCUAAUUGCUAAUUAGUCGUAAUAAAAUGACGGGAUACCGAGGACUGUCGUGGGUGUUAGUGGUUUGCGCAUGCCUCAGCAAUUUUGUUGCAUCCGAGGGCCAUGCACCAUCGGUGAACAUCAAAAAUGGAACAUUAUCGGGCCUGGUUAUGAAAACCAGACAUGGAAGAGAAUACGCGGGCUUCCGGGGAAUUCCUUAUGCACUGCCACCACUCGGAGAACUCAGAUUCGAGCCACCGAAGCCAUCAGCAGCAUGGAAUGGCGUUCGACUGGCAAAGGAAGACGCUAAAAUAUGCACCCAGAGAAACAUCUACACGCAUGAUGAUGAAAUUGUCGGUGACGAAGAUUGCCUGUAUUUGAAUGUGUAUACACCGAAAUUGCCGACCGGGGAAGACAAACUGAAAGGAGGUUAUCCCGUUAUGAUCUGGCUGCACGGUUGCGGCUGGAUUUGCGGAGCCGGCCAUUCCGAGUUCUACAGUCCGAAAUUCUUGCUGGACCACGAUGCAAUCCUCGUUACAGUGAACUACAGACUUGGGCCGCUAGGAUUUUUGAGUAUGGAGGACACGGUGUUGCCUGGAAAUAAUGGAAUGAAGGAUCAAGCGCAGGCCAUUCGGUGGGUGCAUGAAAACAUAGCUGCAUUCGGUGGCGACCCCAACCGAGUAACUAUCUUCGGAGAAAGCGCUGGAGGCGCGAGUGUUCAUUACCACAUGAUGAGUGACUUGACGAGAGGCCUGUUCCAUCGGGCGAUUUCACAAAGCGGCAACGGUUACUGCCCGUGGGCUGUGGCCAGGCCAGGUUCAGCGAAGAGGAAUGCCAUCAAACUAGCAGAUGUUCUGAGCUGCCCUACGAAGGACACGAAGAAAAUGAUCGCUUGCCUGCGGGAAAAAGACGUUCAAAAGAUCAUCGAAACGGAUCGAGUUUUUCAGGUAUUCGGCUACUGUCCAAUGAUACCAUUUAGGCCAGUUGUCGAGCCUAAGCAUCCAGGUGCAUUUCUGACGGAAGACCCUGCAAUCUCGUCGAGAAAUGGUCGCCUGAUGGACAUACCAUGGAUGACAGGUGUUACGUCCGAAGAAGGAUCGCUUGUCGUACCAGGGCUAUACACACGCCGGAAUGGAGCAUUGGUGAAAAAAUUGAAUGACGAUUUCCUAAAUAUUGCUCCCAUAACGCUGCUGUUUGGACAAUCGUGUCCUACGAAGGAGACAAAACGGAUCGCCACUGAAAUUCGAGAAUUUUAUUUCGGCAAUUCGCCCAUCGACAAUUCCACGCGAUUCAAGCUCAUCGAUAUGUAUAGCGAUGCUUGGUUCGCUCACGCCGCUGAUAGUUCGGUGCACGACUAUCUUGAGAAGCAGUCAUCCCCGGUUUAUUACUAUUACAUGAACUAUCGAGGAAGUGCAUCGUUCAGUAUAAUAUUUGGUGACCCAGACAACGAUUAUGGAGUAUGCCAUGCCGAUGAACUACAGUACUUGUUCCCAGUCGGAGAACAGUUGUUUAAGGACAUACCGCUCAGUAAAAACGAUGAAAAAAUGAUCAACAUUAUUACAGGUCUCUGGGUCAACUUUGCUACCACUGGCAACCCCACGCCCGAAGUAUCGAGAGAUGUUCCCAUUAAAUGGAAACCAGUGAGAACGGAAGCCCUCGAGUAUCUUCGCAUAGGACAGGACCAAAUCGAAAUGUCGGCGAACCUUAACCAAGAGAGAAUCAAUUUCUGGAAAAGUUUGCCGAUACGGCCUGAUUUGAUCGACAGCGACAAAGGAGCACAACAAAAGGACGAAUUAUAAAAGUUGCUUAGAAACUAUGAAACUAAACGAAUAACUGACGUUAUUUUCAAAAAUAUUUUCGUACCAAGAAUUCAAAAUGUAACGAUCUAAUGAAGAUAUUUAAAUGAAUUUUGUAAAAAAAAAGAUGUGCGAAGACGCGGAGUUGAUAUUAAUAUCGGCCGAUUGUGUACUAUAUUAGAUUUAACGUUUUCAUUAAUUGUAUUAGUUAACCUUCGGUCUACGGAUCAUUUUUAGCGUACUUUUAACCGUCAUCUAAUUACUCAAUUUACGGAAAUUAAAUUUUAAAAACUGCUGUUACGCUAGGAACAACAGAAAGGACGAUAAAUCUACAAGAAUAAUUCUCGAAACUAUAUUUUGAACAAUUAAUAAAUGAAGUUGAAAAUUAUUAGAAUCAUCGUCAAUUGUAUAAUUGUUAGAAUGGUCCGUCGUCGGAGGGUUAAACGACAUAGCAUCUGUAUUAUGCAGUCCCAUGGACGCAAACCUAGAGUAUACAAACUCGCGUGUGCAAUAAUUGUGCAAUAAUUUCUCACAACUUUAUCAGUUCGAUAAAAUCGCAGCGAUUAUAUCACAAAUUCGUUAUUACAUAUUGUUGACACCUGUUUUCAGACAGUCUUGGUCGGAGCAAUUAAAUUAAGAGACAGACGACGUAAUUCCAAAAGGUUAUUUAUAAUAAUAGCGUAACGUCGUGAACACGAAUAUACUGCGAAUAAAUAAACAAAUUAUCUCUUUUUCA